AUGAUUAGCAAGCUUUUCUCGCUAGAACAAUUACAACUGAGUAAUUGCUGCUUGGCUAACCCUGGUAUCUAUCUAUCUAUCUAUCUAUCUAUCUAUCUAUCUAUCUAUAACACGUUCAUAUCUAUCUAUCUAUCUAUCUAUCUAUCUAUCUAUCUAUCUAUCAGUUUCUUCAUAUCUAUCUAUCUGUCUAUCUAUCUAUCUAUCUAUCUAUCUAUAACACGUUCAUAUCUAUCUAUCUAUCUAUCAUCUGUUCGUACCUAUCUAUCUAUCUAUCUAUCUAUCUAUCUAUCUAUCUAUCUCAGUCUGUUCGUAUUUAUCUAUCUCAGUCUGUUCGUACCUAUCUAUCUAUCUAUCUAUCUCAGUCUGUUCGUAUCUAUCUAUCUCAGUCAGUUCCUAUCUAUCUAUCUAUCUAUCUUUAACCCGUUCAUAUCUAUCUAUCUAUCUAUCUAUCUAUCUAUGGUGAAAUACAUUGAUUGCGAAGGAAGGAGGUAA